AUGGACUGGCGGACGCAGUUGGCUCGAAUACGAGAAGACUACUUUCCCACACUCACAAAGUCCACGUUUUUGAGGCAUUACGUGCCGAUCAGUGGAAUCGUUUCUCAUGUCGCAUUUACCACACACAUUUUUGCCCCGCAACUAUUGGGACGGUAAGGGAAAAUUGCCUUGUUUAAAAAAAUUAUGAUUAAAAAAACUAAAUUUAAACACUUCAAAAGAGUUUGCCUAAAAAAUCACUUUUUUUGUUAUUUUUCAGAGUGUGUCCCACCUACGAUCUAGCUGUUAGUAAUACAGUAUUGUUCAACACCCACGUGGGCAUUGGCUUCUAUGUAUUUUUCCGUAAGCACAUGAUCCGACUAAAUAUGUGGGAUCGGAUCGAAUUCAGCGUCUUCUCUUCCGUUAUUUUCAAUUUUGGCUCUCUAAUGUUCUCUGUUCUACUCAAAUCCCUACUGCCUAAGAAGUGAGUUUGGGGAUUGUAAUCAAGUUUUUGUUUUUACUUUUUUAAUACGAAGAUUCUGUAUUGCGCAAACCGACCGAGAUUUUUUAGGACGAAAGUUAGCAAGAAAGAUUUUUUGAAUUUAUUCAUCUGCGGUGCGGGACCUUUUCCAGUGGCAACAAACGUGCCGUUUUGCGUCUGCGAAGUAUCAAAAAUGUCGAAAAAUACCUCCGUCUUUAAGGGAAAAGACUCCGAUUUCAAAAAGCAGGGGAUUUUUUUAGUUGAAUAUUGAGAUAUUUUGCUGCAUUUUUUUUUACUUCCCGGAUGCAAAAUGGUUCGUUUUUUGCCAUUGCAUUAGGUCCGCCACAACUUCUGGCUAAAGAACUCGGCUAAUCGCGAGCUAAGAGUCACGUACAGUGGCGGACUUUGAUCCAGUGUCAAAAAGCGUACCAUUUUGCAUCCAGGAGGUAUCAAAAAAAUGUAGCAAAAUGCCUCCCUCUUCAACUAAAAAACUACGCUUUGAAGGCUUCCUCACAAAAACAGCCAGAGCGCUUUUGAAAUCGGAGUUUUUUCACAUGGAGAGGGGGGUAUUUUGCGACAUUUUUGACACUUCACGGAUGCAAAAUCGUAUGUUUUUUGCCGCUGGAUCAGGUCCGUCACUGCGUAUAAUGGAUGUGUGGCAUAGGCGAAUCACAUAUUUCAUUUUUAUGAUAUCAACACCACCAACGUCUCCAAUUUACCUUCCUUUAUUUCCAGACUUCCCACCUGGGCGAAUGCAAUAAUUGGCGCCAGUGUUUCGACCUUUUUACUCAGUCGUUUCGCGAAAUAUGUCGGUCAUAUCGACAGGCGGACCCUGAUCCCCGACUCGGAGACGCUCAGUCUCCACAACGGCGGGCUGCACUUGAAGUCCAUUAGUUACGAUAGGAUCAACAACAACCAGAGCAACGGCUUCAUGAAAAGUGGAUAG